GUGGAGGACCAGCCCCUCUCAUUAAUCUGCGCAGGAUCGCAGAGGCGUGUUGUUGUUUUCAAAACGACUGAGGUUAUGACUGGCGGGAGCGAUUUUCACAAAAGCUAUAACAACAACAAUAAAGACUCUGAGCCCAGGAUGGAUGUAGACAUGGAUUCCGGUCAUUUGGAAAGUGAGCGGGGUGAGCUGGACAGUAAUAUCCCGGCUGCGUGCUCCUCUAACGGCAGUGGCGGGGAGGAGGACGAGGUGGAGGCCGUUGGCCGUGUUAGAGAAGCCGGGAGCUCAAGUAGCCAGCACACCCCGGAUGGAGGCGGAGUGUUCUGCGGCGGCAGGGAGCAGGAGGUGUCGGUCGAAAUUGGGGAGACGUAUUUAUGUCAACGAGCCGACAAGACGUGGCAUACAGCAGAGGUUAUUCAGUCCCGCCUGAAUGAACAGGAGGGCAGAGAGGAGUUCUAUGUUCACUAUGUAGGAUACUCUGAGCCCAGGAUGGAUGUAGACAUGGAUUCCGGUCAUUUGGAAAGUGAGCGGGGUGAGCUGGACAGUAAUAUCCCGGCUGCGUGCUCCUCUAACGGCAGUGGCGGGGAGGAGGACGAGGUGGAGGCCGUUGGCCGUGUUAGAGAAGCCGGGAGCUCAAGUAGCCAGCACACCCCGGAUGGAGGCGGAGUGUUCUGCGGCGGCAGGGAGCAGGAGGUGUCGGUCGAAAUUGGGGAGACGUAUUUAUGUCAACGAGCCGACAAGACGUGGC